AUGACUCAGCCAAUCUAUCCUUUCUGGACCCACGACGCGUUAUCCAAGGCCUUGAACGACCUGAUUGAAUCGCAUUCACGAGAUGCUGUUCAAGAUCACGGCGAAUUUCGGUUGGUGGUAACAGGUGGUACCACCCCACCGCUCAUUAUUCAACAGCUUCAGCAUAAUACGGCCAUCGACUUUUCAAAAUGGCACAUCUUUUGGGCUGACGAGCGCUGCGUGCCAUGGGAUCAUCCGGACUCCAAUUACGGCCAAGUCAAAAAAGCCAUGCUAGACCAUCUUCCUUUACAACCGCAUCAGAUUCACGCCAUUCACCCGGAUCUUGCUCGCCCAGAGAAAGCCGAACAAGCAGCGGAAGAGUACGAAAAACAAUUAAAGCAAUUUUUCAAAAACUCGGCCCCUUGCUUUGACCUGGUACUUGUCAGUAUGGGCCCUGACGGUCACUUUUGCUCCCUGUUCCCUGGUCAUCCGUUGCUGGAGGAACACAACCGCUGGGUGGCCGCCAUUACCGAUUCUCCGAAACCUCCACCCGAGCGUAUUACAUUGACGUAUAAGCUUCUCAAUCAAGCGAAACAAAUUGUUAUCAUUGCAGUUGGAAAACCUAAAGCCUACAUGGUGAGUAAAGUGCUAUCCUCAGAUUAUGCCGAUGGGUGGCCAACCCAGCGACUGGAGGCACCGACGUGCUGGUACAUUGAUGCCGAUGCGGCAAGGUUUCUCAAUCAAUAA